UACAAGUUACAUUUAUCUUAUAAAAUUUGUCUUGAUUUCCAUGACUUGGGAUUCUAUUACGAAAAGAUCGUGAUCUUAGUUUCAAGAGGUGUUAUUUCCUAGUUAUUUGUUUAAAUAUUACAUCACCGCUACAAAGUCCUUUAGAAUUCGUCAAUGUCUGCUAUAGUUUAACCGGUGACAUAACAAUGGCAAACUGGGCAGCUAUCGGCUCCAUAGUCCUACCUAACACAGGAGGCUGGCUCAACGGAAUAUACUUUGCUGGACAAAUCCGGAAGGAUAAUGAGAAGACCUGGUACGAUGACCUGAAGAAGCCUUCCUGGACCCCUCCUAAGUGGGUGUUUGGGCCUGCCUGGACUGUGCUGUACUGUGGAAUGGGCUACGCUUCCUACUUAGUGUAUGAGGAAUGCGGGGGAUUUACUGAUGAAGCAGUUCUGCCUCUCUCUUUAUACGGUGGUCAACUCCUGCUCAACUGGGCGUGGACUCCGCUGUUCUUUGGCCUUAAGGACUUCAAACUGGCUUUCAUAGAAAUCGCAGUAUUGGGAGGCGCUGCCGUAGCAACUACAGCCAGUUUCAUGCAAGUCAACAAGACAGCUGGUUCGCUCUUGUUGCCAUAUCUCGCCUGGUUGGCCUACGCGAGCUCCAUCUCAUACUACGUGUGGAGGAACAACCCCAAGAUUGAGGACAAGAAGCAAUAAACGUGCAGUACAUAGAAUCGUGAAUGCACAAAAGCCUUCACCACUUCAGCUUAACACU